GAAAUGAGAGACCAAAGUUUUGCACUAUAUACGUUGAAAUGUUUUGUUUUCAAUCUGGAAAUAUUCCUUGAAAGUGUUCAAACUUGGAAGCUGAGUGGUAACUCCAACUUACUCCAUCUUUUUGGAAUGCAUUAUAAUAAUGAACUUGACCAUAGUCCUGAAUUGGAUGAGAAAAUACUGAAGUUAGGUUAGCGAGGAAGGAGGUUGUGAAUGAACUUAAAUUUACAUUUGUCUAAAUUGAUUGUGCUUUUGAAUUUAAUAAGAUGGUGCUCCAAAUAAUCAUUUUUGUCUCAGACCUAUCUUGCAGUUGGAGUUGACUAAAUAUGAAAAUUGCUAAAUUUCUGCUGGAGACAAUUAAUCUAGGAUUUCUUCUGAUAAUUCAUAGUGAAAGAAACACAUUACAAUCUGCUAAGGAUGGAAGAAAUAAGUUGCAUUCUUGGAUGAUGAGGUAUUUGUUUUCUAUGUUUAGGACAGCUGGAAAGGGUAUGGAAAGUUGUGAAGAACUUAAAUUUGUCAUCGCAUCAUGCAUUUUACUUUAAGAGAUUUGUUGUCCCAUUGUCAUCUCACUACAGUUUGAACUUGAAGGGUCUAAAAUAUCUCUUACAAAUUUGUGAUAAUGAGCUGCCUGUAUUGGAAAUUUUGCUUUCAAAACAGAAUAAAGUUAGAAAUCUUAUUCCCUGUCUUUUCACCAAUUUUUGUUAAAAGUUAUGAAUAUGUUGAAGUACUCUGUACUUUAACAGACAGCAUGAAAGUUAAAUAUAGAAUCAAUGAAGAUUUGGGAUCAUCAAUUUUAUUUAAGUAGUUACUGUUUAGCAUGUGGGUGAAACCUUGAGAGGAGAAAAUGCUCAUCUAGCUAACUAGCUCUCAGUCUUGAACCCUUAUGACAAGCAUGAACUUAAUAGAUUAUGAGAAGCAGCCAUAACAAUGCUUGUUUUUUGAAGGCUCCGAUGUGUUUUGUCUGUGUUUUGAAUAUUUGUUUUGGACCCUUUUAUAGAAAUUUCCUCAAGUUGAUUUCUCCCUUGCAAGUUCUGCAUGAUCUGGUUCACCCAUUCCAACACUCCUCAGCAUUUAGAUGAGUUGUUCAAAACAUUGUUCCGGAAUGAAGUUGGUGGUUCAAACCCCCAAUUUAUGAUAGUUUAUCCUCACCUACAAAGUCAUCACACCUAAUGGAUGAGACAUAGUAAGCAAACAGGACCUCAAUUCAUGAUCUUGAUGAUUCCAUUUUAUUUAGUUCUAAUUCCCCAGAUUAACAACAAACUACCUACUGGAACAGUAGCUUAUGAACUUGCAAGUAUUUAAGCAGUUCUACUUAUAAGGGAUCAGAUGAACACUACAACUCCUUUGGUUAGUGAGAGUAGAUAGAAUAUGAAGAGAGUCAAGAUUUUUAAUUUCACAAUAACUCUUGCUCUGAUAUUUCUGGCAUCUGUGCCAAAAAUGGAGAGCCGUAUACCAGUGUUUCCUUUUCCAUCAUCACCUCCUCACCCACUUUGUGCAUCUCAACUAGCACUAGUAAACUAUGCUUGUGCCAGGUUGCCUUUCACCCCAGGAUCACCGCCAUCUUCCCAACUCACAUCCACUAAUGAUGACGGUGAGGGACACGGGAGUAGACACGGCCACGGACAUCGCCGCCACCACCACCACCACAGCUCGCCUCAAGAAGAAAACUGUUGCCGGUGGGCUGGAGAAUUGGACAGCCAGUGUGUGUGUGAGAUCUUGGUUCGAUUGCCUCCUUUCCUUACAAGACCUGCGCAUCAGUACUCCGUCACCAUUGGAGAAUCUUGUAACAUCACUUACUCGUGUGGUGGGCCAAUAUGACUGGAUUGUUGUGAUGCCAGGAAAGCUUGGUAUUUGGUUUUAACUUUUAAGAGUUGAAGUAGUGGUUAUUGGUUCUGAUCCUAGUCUUGUUAUUUAGCUGCUUUUUACUUUCCAAAUUCCAAUGGUUGUUCGAUCAGAGGUAGGAAACAACUGAGUGAAAGCAUGCACUGAAAAAAAAAAAACUGUAGGCUUGUAGCAUGAUGAAAGUAUUCAUGUAACUAGUUUUUACCAAAAAUCAUAUUUACUAUGAGCAGAAAAGAACUACUGCAUCAGUUUUAGGUCUUUUCUAUUACCAAUAAAGUUAAAUAUUGCUACACUAGUACUUAUUGAUCAUCUCGGUUACUUAUUGAUCAUCUAUUUAUCUCCAACUUUUUCAGCUCGGUUACACUAUUACCUAAUUGCUAAAGGAAUCUCUUUUCAGACACCCAAUCAGUCAGUGACAUCUCAUAAGCAUCUC